CGAGUCGCUCAUCACAUACUCCCCUUCCCUCUCAAUCUCGCAUUACCCCGUCCUCAGUGGGGCUACUCACACCCUCAUCCUCAAAGGCCUCUUUGUCACCUGCGCUUUCACGGUAUAAAGAUCAGUGCCAGCCGUCCUCGCCAACUUUCUCCCGGGACCACCAUCUCAAGCCAAAGCGUCCGUCUAUUCCAAGCCGUCGACUCUUCUUCCCUGUUCGUGCAUCUCUUGAACUGUACACCCAUCCUGCACGUUCCUCUGUAGGCCCCAUGUCGGACCACUCGUCACGCCCAGGCUCGCCAGUGCCUCGCUCUCGUGCCAUGUCACCUCAGCGCCCCGAACUCAUUGCACGCCCAUCCAGUCGCUGCGAGUCAUUACUUCGGGAUACGCUCCGCCGUGAUGAGCACGAACGUUCGCUAUCUUACCGGACUGCGUCGAGGAGCCCUAACAGAUGGGCUGGAAGGAGAUCGAGGCCACGGGGCAAUUCUUUCCUUGAGGCGCUCAGACGGGAUGACUCGCCAGACAGUGGGUGCGAAUUUGAGGACAACGUCUUCAUUCGCCCUAAGGCCGAGGGGGAGAAUUCGAGUCGCUAUAGCCGUGCGCAGGCAAUGGCCAUGCGAGGGCGUGGCGCUAUAAGCGCAAGCUCUACGGAGGCAGGCUCCUUGCCUUACGGUUCACCGACUUCGCCGUCUCCCAUGCCUCCAUCCAUGCCAAGAACGCACACCUCGCCAGCUGUCCCGCGUGCUAAGGGUCUUUCUUGUGACGAUGAACGGCGAGGCGCUUUCACGCGAACGCCGUCAAGUCCGUACUCGGGGCGCCGAUCAUUGCCAAACACAGUAACCCAAUCCCAUGUGUCCAACGACUCGUCACCGAAGCAACAUUAUAACACACUCAGUCCUCAUGAAUCCGUGUUACGCGCAAAACUCAACUAUGUUCUGCAGCAGGCUGGACCAGUUUCUGCUGACGAGUCUGCUGCACUAUCUCAACGUACAGGACACCCGCGCCGAAAUCACCAGCGCGCCUUUUCCCAUGGCGUCACUGUUGUCACGUCCCCGAAACACAUCCCUUCUUCAACUUCGCCCUCUCCACAGUCGCUUGCGCCCAGUUCGUUAUCGAAUUCAGCAACAGAUUUAGUCAGGGUAGAAUGCACUCGGCCUCACAGACAAGAUUCCCUUGCGGAGAGAGCCUCCCCGUCGUCCCCGUCUGAACCACUGACUCCACCGCCGACUCCACCAUUUAAUGCGCGCACAGCUGCCGAGGCAUGCAAACGGAUGAACGGUUAUGUCUCCUUUGCCAACGUGGAGGGUCUGGGUGAGCCUCCAGGCCUAGACAUCGACCAAGACAACAACGAAGAUGGUCUGGGGACACUGAAGCGAUGGCUGCGUUUGUUGCCUUUAGCUUUUGGGAACGGCGGUCAGGGUCCGCCAGAACGUGCAGCUGGACGCCUUUCCGUGAGCAGGCAACGUUCAAACUCGACCUCGUCCGGAUGAUUCGUUCCACUCGAUGGUCACGCUUCGUUAGAGGCUGGUUGCUGAACGAGAAGGGUUAUCCAUUUCCUUUCUCGAAUUGGCACCGUCAGACCCUCGAGGAAUUAUUCUGUUGGCUCGUGAAAUUCCCGACAUCAACUGUCGACACAUUGUAUCUAUCCUGUCAUGCGCUGGUCUGGCCGGUCACCGAUUCGCAUCUAUCUUAUUGUCACAACCGACACUGCAAUGCUUAUGUAUUUUCGACAUCCUGAUGUACUCUUAUUUGCGCUAUCACCCAUCGCAUCUCGCCAUCGCGUCUUGAUCAUCCCCUACAAAUAUCGAUAUCAUCGCACGCAUCUCUCAUCGUCAUCAGGUACUAUACACUACGCUCGCUCGCCCGAGUAUCGCAUUUUUGAGCUGAUUCGUCAUGGCUCUUCUUGUACAAAAAUCGCAUCUGUUUGGGUAAUCACACGAAGGCAUGGGGUGUUUUAAAAUUCGUGAGCGUCUUUCAUCGGAUUGGUGAUAAGAUCACCUGUCUGUUGUGAUGCUGACGACCUUCCGGUGAUGACGGACCCUGGUCGUUGUUGCAGCGUCUCGCUGUUGCUCGGCCGUGAUCGGAGGUUUCAAGUCGCCUCGUUGGGAGUUUCGGCUGCCAUUCCUGAGCGACGAGGUCCCGGUCAAUUGAGACUGACAGAGUGCUUGCUUUCGGUUGUUUUUUUAAUCCAAUUUCAAUCAUUACAGCACGGCAUCUUGAACGAUAUUGCCGUUGCUUGCUUUACCUGAUAUAAUAUUUUUAUUAUUUUGAGCAUCCUGGUUUUUCGUUUAAUUCUCGGCUUUCUUGGAUUUACGACACUUGUUCGUAUGCCGCUUUACGCCACAUUCCUCUUGGUAUAAGACGACGAUGAUUUUUCUUCCGAGAUUAGAAAUAUAAUGUUCCGCUCUUUUUCCUCGGUUAUGUGACCUUUUUUCUCUCAAGGCUACCCGACAUUGGGACUAUGUAGUGAUAUAUGAUCGAAAUGUAUGGAUGAUCAUGGACGAAAUU